AUGUUUGGUUCAGGCUCGGCUUUUGGAUCAAAGCCAUCUGGUCUGUUCGGUUCUUUUAACACUCCCUCUUCUAAUGCUGCUUCAACCACCUUUGGAGCUACUAACACCCAGAAUCAGAAUACUUCUAUCUUCGGCGCUACAACCACUACAACACCUCAAAACCAGAACCCUAACAACGAUAUUGAAGUACCUCAAGCACCAGACGAUGCCGUACAAGCAUUGAAGUUCAAUCCGGGUUCGGCUGGCACUCCUAUGUUCUUGGCAGCCGGCUCCUGGGACUUUACGUGUAGAGUGUGGCAAAUCAGCGAAACUGGACAAGUGGAGCCAAAGGCCAUGCAAAAUGUUGGAGCACCAGUAUUGGGUUUGGACUGGUUUGAUGACAGUAGCAAGAUCUUCAUGGCUUGUGCCGACAAACAAGCCAGAGUAUGGGAUCUGGCCUCGAAUCAAGUUGCUGUAGUUGGUACCCACGAUGCCCCAGUUAAGACUUGUCACUGGAUAACAUCUCCGAGCUACAACUGUUUGAUGACUGGAGGGUGGGACAAGACAGUCAGAUUCUGGGAUAUGAGGCAACUUCCUACUCAAUCAUCUCUGGCCACCUUAACCUUGCCCGAUAAAGUAUAUUGUGCCGAUGUUUUAUAUCCAUUUGGUGUUGUUGGAAUGGGUAACAAACGAAUUAAACAGUACAAGCUUGAUGGACAGCCACAAGAGUUCAGCGACAUUGAAUCUCCGUUGAAACAUCAGAGUAGAUGUGUGUCUGUCUUCAAGAACAAGAUGAACAACCAGCCGGCUGGCUUUGCUGUUGGAUCUAUUGAAGGUGAGUUUUGUUAUUACAAUGUUACAUCAGUGGAAUGCAAUCAAGUUAUAAUUUGAAAUGCUUCAGGUCGUGUUGCAAUUCAAACAAUCGAAAAUACAAAUACCAAGGACAACUUCACGUUCAAGUGUCAUAGGUCGCCAGAUCUAGUUAACGGAUUCCAGGAAAUUUAUCCGGUAAGCUUAAUAUUGUCCGAAUUAAGUAUUGUUUUAAAGUAGUUUGCUAUGUAAUUUUUUAUGAUAUUAACAUUUGGUUGUAGAUCAACGACGUUUGUUUCCACCCUGUACAUUACACUCUGGCCACUGUGGGCGGAGACGGUCGGUUCAUGUUGUGGGACAAAGAUGCCCGAACUAAACUGAAGAAUUCCGAACAGAUGCCACGUCAAAUCACAAAAUGCCAUAUUCACCACAGUGGCAACAUUCUGGCUUACGCAACGGGUUAUGACUGGAGCAAAGUAAGUGUUACCUAUAUUAUAGUUGUCCAUAAUUUAUGAUUUUUACAAUUUCAUUUUUAAUUCUUUGUGAAUAAUGGUUAACUAUACUUGUGUUACAGUUUUAUUUAUAUUUUAAUCCAUUUCUAGGGCCACGAAGGCAACACCCAGCCCGCCAACGCCAAGAUCUACCUCCACGCGGUGGGCGAGGAAAUGAAGCCGAGACAGAAGAAGUAA